UUGUUAAAUUUGCAAAGUGCGCCUAUCAUCAACCAUAUCGUCAGCGAUCAUCUCCUCCAUUUAAAAAAACCCCUUGCAUGUUUCCUACACCGUCAGCAUUCUGCCAACUCCUCCACUUUGUCCCGUGCGUAAUCAUUACCAUUGCAGCGUGAUAUUUAUCAUCUGUCCAGAAAUCCUCCCCUUGCACCGCGGCCAUGGCGCAGAAUAAGAAGAGCGCCCCGGAGGAGGUGCACAAGGUGAUUAUGGUGGGCGCUGGGGGUGUGGGGAAGUCGGCCAUCACGCUGCAGUUUAUGUACGAUGAGUUCGUGGAGGACUAUGAGCCGACCAAAGCGGACUCGUACCGCAAGAAGGUGGUGCUGGAGUCCAAGGAGGUCUCCGUGGAUAUUCUGGACACGGCGGGCCAGGAGGACUACGCGGCCAUCCGGGAUAAUUACUUUCGCAGUGGGGAAGGGUUUAUGUGUGUAUUCGCCCUGACGGAUACGGAUUCAUUCGCGGCGCUCGAUGAAUUAAAAGACCAGAUUUUUCGCGUGAAAAACAUGCCUAAAAUCCCCAUGAUUCUCGUCGGGAAUAAAGUGGAUCUAGAAGCUCAGAGGAAGGUGUCCAUAACGACACUGCAGGAGAAAGCGCGAUUGUGGAAUGUUCCUUACAUUGAGACGUCAGCCAAAACCAAAUUCAACGUCGAUAAGGCGUUUUACGAGUUGCUGCGUGAAAUAAAGCGAUGGAAGGAAGGCGAGACGGCCACAACGAAGAAGCCAGACCGGAGAAAGAAGAAGAAAUGUUGCAUUUUGUAAUUAUAUAUUGUGCGCGGAUUUAUUCCUUAUUUUUUAUAGUGUCUUCGUUUUAUUUCGUCGGGGUCAGUACGCGUAUGCGGUUGUUUUUCUUUUUUUAACCAAAUUGUCCUGUCGCAGUCGCUUGAUGAUCGUCGCUUCUCAUCAGUAGUGGCCACUUAAUCCCGAUUUGCUCGGCUGCGUAGUUUUCCAUAGAAUUUAGAGGCGUUUCUCUGUGAUUUGUUCCGCAUAGUAAUUGGACUGUACCUGAGCGCGUUCGGCAUCUAUGUAUGUUAUUAUCUUGCUGCGCGAUGCUCUUGCUUUCCGCUUGAAAACCUGACAGGUUUUUUGCGUAGUUUUCAUCCAAGCUCGAUGUUUUUUACCGAUUUUUUAAUAAAUAAUACGCUGUCAAAUGUGCAGUAGCUUCAUGUUUAAUCGCUUUGAUAGUCGAUAGAUUGAAAAUAUUAGUGCAUACUGGGAUUGGUUUACUUAUUUAUUCGCAGUAAAACAGGAAAGGAACGAAG